UCACUUGAUUACUUCUGUCUGGCGUCACGUGAUCAGGCUGAGCGAAAAUGGCGGACGGAGGUCCAAACAGUGAAGUUCAAAACAAGGCUGGUGAAGAUGAGAAAGCAGGAAGGACAGCGGUGGAACAGGACGGUGUGGAGAGCGAACCGGAUGGAGAGCGAAAGGAAAAAGCUGGUGAAAGUUCUUGGUCGGCACCGAUAUUGUCGUUGGCUCGAAAAGCGUCUGAAAGUAUCAGCAGCGCUGGUUUGAGGAACCCGUUAUCCGCGUCUGAGGCUCCGAAUCCGGACCCGUCCGAGUCCAUCAGACCGGCAAUGAAAGAUCCAAUGUCUGUGGAGCGGUCCAAUCUGUUGUCCAUGAUGAAGCUCAGUAUAAAAGUUCUGAUCCAGUCCUCGCUCAGCCUGGGUCGGACGCUCGACUCCGAGUAUCAGCCUCUGCAGCAGUUUUUUGUUGUACUAGAACACUGCCUUAAACAUGGACUGAAGGUAAAGAAGUCCUUCAUUGGGCAGAAUAAAUCAAUCUGGGCUCCUCUGGAGCUGGUCGAGAAGCUGUGUCCCGAGUCAGCCGACCUCGCCACGAGUGUCCGAGACAUGCCUGGACUCAAGACGGGACUGGGUCGAGCUCGAGCGUGGAUGCAUUUGGCUCUCAUGCAGAAGAAAAUAGCAGAUUACAUGAAAGAUCUUAUAAACAGGAAGGACCUUCUGGGGGAGUUUUAUGAGCCAGGAGCUUUGAUCAUGGAGGAAGAAGGUUCUGUGAUCGUCGGGAUGCUGGUGGGGCUGAACGUCAUCGACGCCAACCUGUGUGUGAAAGGGGAAGACCUGGAUUCUCAGGUGGGUGUCAUUGAUUUCUCACUGUACCUAAAGGACCCUCAGACAACUGAGAACCCACAAGAUGACUCUAAAAUGACUGCGAUUCUGGACCAGAAGCACUACAUAGAAGAACUGAACCGCCACCUGAGCGGCACAGUGACGGACCUUCAAUCCAAGAUGGACUCGCUGGAGAAAACCAACUCUAAACUCAUAGAGGAGCUCUCAGCAGCUACAGACCGGAUCAAUUCCCUGAGGGAGGAGCAGGAGCAGCUCCGGCAGGAGAACGCCACCAUCCUCCAGACCAGCCAGAGGAAAGAAGAGGUGACUCUGCAGGACAGCCAGGUGGAGCUGGAGACCUACAAGCAGACAAGGCAAGGUCUGGAUGAAAUGUAUAACGUGGUGUGGAAGCAGUACAAGGAGGAGAAACGCAUUCGGCAGGAGCUGCAGAAGGAGCUGGAGCUGCAGGUGGGUCUGAAGCAGGAGAUGGAAGUGGCCAUGAAGCUGCUAGAGAAGGAUAUUCAUGAGAAACAAGACACGCUGGCGGCUCUGCGCCAACAGCUGGACCAGGUCAAAUCUCUCAACCUGCAGAUGUUCAAUAAAGCACAGGACACGAACAGCGUGGUGCUGAGGAAAGAAGAAGAGGCUGUGAGACUGGAGGAGAAGAUGAAAAAGAUGGAAACGGCGAUGAAAGAGCUGGAACUGAGGUUACAGAACUCUGAGAACGGAAGGAAGAGCACGGAGGAGAGUCAGAAGGAGCUGUGCUCCGAAAUGAAAGGGAGAGUGGACGGGCUGCACAAACGGCUCGGCGACCUCGACGCGCUGAGGGCAGGGCUGGAGGCGGAGCUAAGCAGGGAGAAGGAGCAGAGGCAGAGUCUGCAGAGAGAUCUGCAGCGUGAGCAGGACGACAGCGCCGAACUGCGCACGCAGCUGCAACAGCUGCAAGGCCUUCAGAUGGAAAUGCUGGACCUGCGGCAGGAGAAGAAACAGCUGCAGCAGCUGUGUGAGGAGCAGGAGCAGGCGCUGCAGGAGAUGGGCCUUCACCUCAGCCAGUCCAAACUGAAGAUGGAGGACUUUAAAGAAGUUAAUAAAGCAUUAAAAGGUCAGGCUUGGCUGAAAGACGACGAAGCCACGCAGUGUAAGCAGUGCCGGAAGGAAUUCUCCAUCUCUCGCAGAAAACACCACUGUAGGAACUGCGGAGACAUUUACUGCAGCAGCUGUUCCAGUAACGAGCUGGCGCUGCCGUCCUACCCCAGACCAGUGCGCGUCUGCGACGUCUGUCACUCCCUCCUGCUCCAGAGAAGCUCCAGCGGCUCCUGACGCUCCUCGUCGUCUCAAGAUCCACGGGCUGACCUGUCUGAGCUGCGUUAGAUGAAUAUACGGUGCAUGUGUGUGUAUGUAUAUGCAUUGCUGAUUCGAAGGGGCUUCUGUUUAUCAGAAACCUUUUAGCCAGCAUGUGAUACAGUAAUCGAAGAAUUAUAUGCAAAGUAAUUUUGUAAUUUCUUCUACAGGGAGAAUGUGAUUAAUUUUUUAAGAGGACUACUACAGUAAACUAAUACCUAAUGAUACUAAUGAACAAUUUAUAUUUUUCUCUCUUGCUGAUAAUCUCCAUUUUAGGGAGAAAAACACCUUUCAAUAAUCUUUUGAAUCAGUUGUCCUUUUCUAAAUGUGAUUUAAGAAUAGAGAUUUUCUUUAAACUGUUGUAAGAUCAACCACUGCCUGCCGUGUGCAAAUAAAUAAAAUAAGCAGUUUCUGAGUGGAUUUAAACAGAAGCAAACGAACAUGAUGCAUUGUUGAAGUUUAAUACCCUGUGCACACUAGGGAUUUUGUACCGAUACGAAACUUUCGUGCCACAACACCUGUCCACACUAGCAACUAUACCGGUACUGUAGCGCUUCGCUGUAGUGUGGACAGAUGAAGCGGUUCUGUAUCAAUACAAAUAUAAUGCGCAUGCACAAAGUCACACACCUCAAUCGAUGUCUUCGCUGAAUAAAAUAGUGAAGAACGGA